GUUCAGUACCAUUUCCACCUACUCCGUCCUAAAGGACUCCACGAUAGAAGGACUGGAGACCAUGGCCACCAGGUCUCAAGCUGCAGAAAUGCAGGGGAAAUGGGAGGCUAUUGUGUUGAACAUGAAGAACAAACACUACAGUUUCAUAGACCAGAGGAGAACUGACUUUGAUGCUGACUAUGAGGAAUUCUGCAAAAGCACCUCUGAGCUCCAUAAUCAACUGAAGAGUUUCAUGGAUAGCACCUUUGAAAAAAUUCAACAUACAGAAACAGCUCUAAAUGUGAUGAGGACAUUUCAAAGACUGGGCAUCCCAGAUCUUGGGAUUGAUGAGAAGUAUCAGCAAAUUUUGCAGAAUUAUGGCCGGGAUAUUGAAAUGGUAUCCCGCAUCUACAAUGAGCAGAAACUGGACCCCCCCAUUGGCAGGGACUUGCCCCCAGUGGCUGGUCGGAUAAUGUGGGCUCGGCAGCUCUACAGUCGCAUCCAGGGACCCAUGGAUCUCUUUCAACAGCAACCAGGAGUUCUUUCCACACAAGAUGCAAAAAGGAUCAUUGGGAACUUUAACCAGGCAGCAAGAGUGUUGUUGGAGUUUGAGAUGAUCUACCAUUGCAGCUGGAUGUAUAAGAUGGAGGACGCUAAGGUUGGCCUACAAGUCUCUCUUCUGGUCAGAUCACCAGAAACUGGGGAGCUGUUUGUGAACUUUGACCCAGAGAUUCGGACCCAAAUCAGGGAAGUGAACUGCAUGACAAGGAUGAAGUUGGCAAUCCCUCCCUUUGCUUCUCUUCUGCAGCAAAAACAAGACAUGCUCAAGAAACACUAUAAGAAAUUACAGGUGGAUGAGGCUAUACAGCCGGGUUUGACGUCCCUCAGCUGGACGUCUCUGAACAUUGACAAAUAUCUCAGCCGCAUCGACAAAGCAUUGGCUGAUCUUGAGCUGCUGAUGGACAGAGUGAAUGACUUGGUGGAGUUUAGGAUAGAUGCGGUACUGCAGGAGAUGAGCAACUCCACUCUGUGUGUCCUACCAGAGGAUGAGCCGGUCAGCUGUGAGGAGUUUGUGCAAACCACCAGGGACCUUUGCAUAAAACAAGCCCAGAAACUCAACAUGAAGAGCUCACUGGUGGAGGAGGAAGCUAAUGAGUUGAUCAACAUGUUGCUAGAGUUUGACCACAAUCAGAGAGAGGAGGUGGAGAAGUUUGAGGAAGAGAGCUGCACAGAGAGCAAGACCAUUGAGCACGUUGACAGUGAAGGUGAAGAUGAGCAUCUCCUGUCAAGAAACACGCUGCUCCCUCCUGCUAGCGUUGGUCCUUCUUCUCCAUUGGUGAGAAGGAAAAAGAAGAGGGACUUGAUGGAGGUGAUGGAGCAGGAAGCCCAGAAGCUGAGAGUGACCCAUCCAGCCAUGGUAAAAGCAGCAGUCAGCAAGAAAUCUUCAGAGUAAACGUGACCCUUUCCAUCCCUAACAUAGUCAUGGUUCCAUCUUCGGAGGAGGUCCAACAGGCUCUAAACCGAGCUGUAGAGUGUGUAGUCAGUGUCAGCAAAGGAGUUAGCCAGUGGAGCAAAGAAAGAAUAUCUAAAAGACAAAUGAAUGAAAGGCGAAUGGCAGCUCUGAAACCAGACAGCUCUGAGAGUGAAUCGAAGGAUGGAGCAACAACAUACAGAAGCCA